UCUGUUCUCAUGGUCGGUUGGCCCGCCCAGCUGCUCGCUACCAAGGCUGCCGACCUAGCGAUAGUCUGGGGCCUUGGCUCGCGCCAGUGCCCACCGUGCCCCGACUGCACUGUCAAUUGCCCGACGGUCACUUGCUCGACGCCGUCGAUCAAUAUCACCUGCCCGACCUUCUCUUGCCCGUCGUUUGCCCCGCAGUCGGCCGAGGGCGCGGGCUGGUCAGGCGUCUUCUUCUUCGUCGCAGGCCUGCUCGUGGGCUUCGGAGUAUUGACUUGCACUGGUCUCAUAGGCCGCAGUGUUGGCUGGCUGUCUUCGUUCUGUACCAGACGCCCGGAGGUGGAGGUUGUCGCGGACGACUCGUCCACUCGCGACCUGGCGCUGAGGUACGACCUGCCUGGCCCGCCGCUCUGGCACGAGCGUCUCAUCCUCGCGGUGGGCGCGCAGCCAGGGCACUACGCGGUGUUGACGCCUGACGGCGACAUUUUUGUUGAAGAGCUUCGACCAGAUAAUGUUGAUAUUGCAGAGUUUCGCGCUGCACCAGGACUGGGAGUACCGCCGCAGGAUAUCCCACUGGCCAGCGUGCAUCGGUUCCGCGCAGUGCCGACCGCAGCCGAGAUGAUCCAGCACGUGCGAGACGGAGCGCUUCAGGCAGGGCCCGCUGGCGCAGCGGCAGUGGCGGGUUCGCCGCUCGCGUGGGUUGCGGCCGAGGACACUCAGGACAUCGCGAAGGGGACUCAGAUUCCGACACUUCCUGACGCCGCUGUGACAUGUGGCGACAGAGGCAUCAUCCCCUACGGCAACGGUCACUUGUUCGUGCAGCGCAUGGCAGAGGCCGACAUCUAUAGGUUCGUGCAUGACGAUCUCAGGGUGCUGCCCGUGGUCGUCGACGCGUCGGGCGAGCGUAAGGUCAGCUUCGCGGAGGCGGUGUCGGCCAUGGAUCCAACGCCCCCGAGAGGCGGUCUAGGCGGCACGAAUCCUGCGCUGGCGCAGUACGUGGCAAACCAGCUGAAGGACCAGGAGAUCUUCCAGGCCUGCGCGGCGGUGGCGUCUUACAGCAGCGGCUCCACCAGGCUCGCGCUCCACAAGAGCUCGGACCCUUCCAUGCCCAUCGACACGGCCAGGCGGUCGCGGGGGAUCGACCUCGCGAUCUUUUUCCCUUGCCUCCAGUUGAUGCUAGGCGUGAUGUGCCUGAGCAAGUUUUGGCUUCUGAUCGAGCCCUCCAGCGCCGAGAGCGGC